CAACUGUGCUUUCGACGACUUUCGAUUCUAGUAAAUCUACCACUAACCUUUACAAAAAGUCAACGAAUAAACAAGAGAAAAAAACGAGAGCAGAACCACGCGGAGUGCGUUGUUUUUCGAUUCGUAGUUUCUGAAACGCAACUUUCUAGAGAUAAUCCCAAAAUCCUCCUGGUAUAUUCCCUUCCUUUCAACCAAAUUAACUUCCAGCAACAUGCCUGCACGUAAGAAACCCGCAGUUAAAGGACCCUUUUUCUUCUUUAUGUUGGAGUUUCGCAAGCGUGAGGAAUCCAAGGGUAAAAGUUUCACGGGAGGAAUGGAUCAGGUUAUGCGUGAAGCUGGCCCGCACUGGAAUGCACUGACUGUAGCCGAGCGAGAAGCUUACAAAGAUCGUGCAAAAUCCUACAAGUUAAGUCCCAAGGCUAACUAUGGCGAGAAGUAUACCGCCCAAGGUAUACCGUUCUCGCAGAUUGAAAGGGAAAAGCAGGGACGUCAGAAAAAAGAGCAAACGAUCCGGAAAGCGGUGUCGGAAAUGAUUCAGACGGCUACCUGUAACAAUGCUCUGGAUAAGAUGAAGGUUCAUUUGAUUGCGUUCAAUUAUUUCUGCAAAACGAACAAGCAGGAUUAUGUUCCGGCAGAAAUGGCGAUUAUAUCAUACAGUUUGGGGCAGGGUGUUAUGGACAAACUUCAUGAGUUUGUGAAUCCAGGUAAUCUUCCGCUAGGAUUGGCACAUGAGGCGAAUACCACAAGCGACGAAAGUCAUCGACUGCCGAUUCCACCCGAGUCUAUGGGUGAGACGGAUUAUUCGAUUCUGUUUGGGAAAAUAUUGGACUUUAUCAAUCGCGAGGAUAAAAAAUAUCGACUAUUUUUUGCUGAAGAAUCGCAAAUUCCUGUCGUGGAGAAUAUUUUGAAUCAGUUUGCAGAUGAGUCGAAAAUUCCGUUCAAAUUCUUGGUUUGUCCGCUAGGUGAUUUUUUCUUUCAACUGAAGCGGGCUACAGAAAGUUACGGAUUGGAUAUUUGUACCUUUCCUGCAAAAACCGUGGCAGAUAUACUGCUGAAAAAGGAUACUUACGAAUAUACGAGUGGAAUCGCUUGCGAGUUUCACGAAAAACUGGGAAAUCCGAGCUAUUGUUGUUUGUCUAAAAUAAUUCGCUUAUCGUACAUUAUAUCGGACAGCUGCUGUUUGGAUUUGAACAUAGAUUUGGUUGCAGGACGACAUCUUCCUAUGAACGCAAAUACAACACUUUGCUCGGAUCUGUCCGAAACGGGUUCGAGAUUCUUUGAUAACCAGAGUGAUCGGAUGUCCUUUGUGUCAGCAUCGGACCUGACCCACGUGUCAAUGCCUAAGAUACAGAAAAUUCGUUCAAAAAGUCCAUUCCGGGGAAACGAAACCGGCGCAAUCAUCUAUAGUUCACGUGCGGGAACCUCAACACAAGAGCAGGAGAAACCGGAAAAGAACGUUUCCACAAAUCCUUUUCACAUUUUCAAAACGGAACAAUCGGCCUCUGAUACAGUUCAAUUGGAAACGACCGUCAACGCGGCGGUCCCUAGUCGUUCCUACAACCCGUUUAGCCGCCAGGUGAAACUGGAAAAUGCUCGUGAACCUCGAGAAAUCGGUGUGGUUGGACACGGUCGUGGAACUUUGCUCGGAAUGGCCGGUUCUAGCGGGUUGGCUGGAUUCGAGCGAUCCGGAGAAAUUGGCAUUGCGGGAGCCGGUCGUGGAUUCGGAUUCUUCAGAACGUUUUCCACCGUAUCUUCGAUAAAAUCCGGUGACUGCGGAGAUGACGAAGAUUGAUUGUUCAUUUCUUCAUUUUUUUUGCAAUUAAUCAUUUCAGGGGUACACAUUGAACUGCGAACGCUGCUGGUUUUUUGAAUUACUUGUUCUAUUUUAAAUGCAACUUAACAAUAAAUUCGGUUGAAAUAAUCGAUAAAAGCGACAGGUCUUUGUCACCAUAUAUCGCGCCCUAUUCUCACAGUCAC